AUGAUGUGGAAGGAAUGGCCACCACAGGCAGACGUAACCGUACGAGACAAGAAUCGCUCAGAGAGAGUGCUCUAUAGUUAGUAAUUACCAGUUUAACAUAACUGUCUAGGGUUUCUCUGUCUACAAUUUGUUAGUGAAAAGCUCUCGGCGAAGAAGCAGCAUGUGACUUGUUUGAUAUUCCAUACCGAUUCCACUAAAGACUGCAUAUGAAAACUUAAAUCAUAAGAAAGGGCCAUAUUCGCCUUGCAAGAUUUCAGAUUUUGGCAUCGUGCAGCUACGACGAUACAAUAAAACUUUACAAAGAAGAUGACGAUGACUGGUAAGUUAUUUCUUUACUGAUAAUAUUUUUGGAAAGAUUUAAAUGUCACAACGCGUACAGGAUAUACUUAUUUUUUGUCCGUUUUUUAACUGUUACCCGAGCAUUUUGCGUCUCGCAAGAUAGGAAACAUAGUGGCCACCCUGAAGACAUGGCAAACUUAAUGCCCUCUUGACAAAGUGACCGUUAAGCAUAGGCGAAGACAAUAAAAAGAUAACUUGUUCCGACCAUAGUUAAUUGAGUGGAAUGGUUAUGAAACCCGUCAGACUCCUUUGUUAUAUGUUUUUGUGGACUUAAAAGUGCACAACGUUCAAAAGAAUUCCUAUCAUUUUGAUUGUGUUGACCAAUAAAAACGUUGCAUUAAUUUAUUCCGUAACAAUUUGUCAACAGAAAACAAAGGAUUGUGCACUUUCAGGGUGCUUCCAACAUAAACUGCAGCACUGUUGUUUUUAUCAUUGAUGUUUGCCGCUUUUCAUAACCAGUCUCCUCUAAUAACUAUGUUCGGACCAUGGGUUUGACAGUAAUUAUGAGAAAUGUUUUUGGAGACUUUGGUAAGUGAGCACAUAACAAAGGAUGGCCUCAUAAUGUAGGGGUUUGACUGUAUAUCUUCAGUUUACUGAAUUGUCCCAAAAUUUUCAGCAGUUUCACCGCAAAUAUAUUUUUGAAGAUUUGACGUCAUUUCCGUGAUUCAUAAGAGGGUUGUCAAAAGAAAGUUGUGAUCGGUUGCUUGUUAAUUAAGCAUGUGGUCUGAGGUUUGAUGAUAGUGACGAUGAUAACUACGAGGCUAUAGUAAAUAGCAUUGAUAACGUUACGUUGUGUGUUCUUUAAAUUUGCAGGUCUUGUUUUGAUACGUUAGAAGGUCACGAGUCUACAGUGUGGGCUAUUAGUUUUGACAAAACUGGUGACAGGAUGGGUUGGUACCACUGAGGUUUCUGUUAGUUAUCACAGCCACACGUUUUGAUAUGUGGAAUACUGCCUAAGAAUUGCUGUGAUUACGUUUAUUUCCACCCUUUUUUUGAAAGGAUAUAAACAACAGCUUGUGACAGAAAUUAUUUUAACAAACAACAGCUGUCACUCAACCUACCUUUGAGGUUCUUUAUGUAAAGUUUCAUAUUGUUUUUAAGUUAAACAUCAUUAUAACUCAGUUCUCUCCAAAAAAGAGUACACGUUUAAGCUUUUAGACUCUUUUUUUUUCGCUCUUAACCCAAAUCACAUGUAGUCCUACGCCUUAACUAUCGUUUUUGUUAUUGUUAGAUGUAACUAGGAAGUCUAAAAAUACUUAUAAAACGGAAUUACGUCCUUUAUACUACUACAUGAGAAAUUACUGCAAUUUGAUUGGCUUAGAGCAGUGGUAUUUCAGCUUACUUUGAAAUACCAACAUAUGAAAAUUACAAAUCUUUUGCGGGUAGUAGUAUAAACAAAUCAUAGAAUGAUUUGUACGUGAUAUUUGGCAUAAAUACCACUCGUGAUAUUUCAAAAUUGUCUCAAAUUUCACUCGCCCGACGGCUCGUGAAAUUACGUAUGACAAUUUUGAAAUAUCACUACUAAUCGUGCUAUUACCUGCACUAAGUGAAAAUUCCUUGAAUGUUAUACCAGAUAGGCUGGUUAGGAUCUGUAUUUUAACCGUUUUGGUUUACUUCCUUUUCCUGUUUUUUUUUUUUUUUCAGUUUCGUGUAGUGAUGAUGACAAAACUAAGAAUAUGGCAGUGUUAUGAACCUGGAGAUGAAGUAGGUAUUUAUUUAGCUCUAAUACAUGCACAGGACGUGGUUGCAUUGAGCGCAUAAGUGCGAAUUCGCUUCAACCGUUACCGACUUUUCUGCAGAAGAAUUCUUUCUGCUCUCCGACUCUUGUGUUCAAUUCCUUGUGUUUAAUCCGCCAUCGGUCGUGUUAUCCGUGAUAAUGCAGUUGCAGCAAGUUGCGUUGUGCACAACAACCACUUCGUAGCCAAAACAGAGUGUUUGGCAUUCACUUUCGCAACAGAGCUAUGAUGUAAAGUCCCAGGAGUUUACUUCCCUCUUUCCUAGCCAUAUGCCCCAUUACGUUUACUACUAACGAUGACAUUUUCUGCCUGUGUUUACCUUGAAUAAAGGUGUGCCAACCCACGGAAGUGACCCGAAAUGGAAGACAGUCUGCGUCUUAUCUGGCUAUCACGACCGAACCGUUUAUGAUGUUCACUGGUGA